AUGAGGUCGUUAGCGCUGCUCACCUUCUUCGUCGCCUUUUUGGCGCCGUUGGUGUCCGCAAUCAAGCUCCUGGAGUCCAAUGCGCUGAACGUGUGUAUGGAGUCUAGUAAUUUCACGGCCACCUACUUUAAUGUCGUUUUCUACCCCAAUAACAACACCCUCACAAUCGGAUUCGAUGGUGUAUCUUAUAUCUCCGGCAAGGUCAUCGCGGACAUGACCCUGACUGCUUACGGUUAUGAGGCCUACUCGAGCACAAUCGACCCGUGCGAUAUCUCCGGCAUGGGCAUGUGCCCUAUGGCACCCGGUCCCAUCGAUCUGGGCCCCGUUUCGCUUCCCCUUCCAUCGGACACGGCCUCUAAUAUUCCCGGUAUCGCCUACACGGUUCCCGAUCUCGAUGCGACUGUCAAGAUUGUGAUCAAGAGGAAGGAUACUCUAGAGACGAUUGCUUGUGUGGAAGCCAACCUUUCCAACAAUAAGACCGUCUAUCAAAUGGGUGUCGCAUGGACGACCGCUAUCAUUUCCGGUCUUGGUCUCGCAGCAUCCGCUAUUACCUCUGGUCUGGGUCAUUCUAACACCGCUGCUCACGUUGCGGCAAACGCCCUCUCCUUGUUCGGUUUCAUGCAGUCUCAGGCCAUGAUUGGUAUGAUUUCGGUUCACAUGCCCCCAAUUGUGGAGUCGUGGACCCAGAACUUCCAGUGGAGCAUGGGUAUUAUUCGUGUUGGAUUCCUGCAGACAAUCUGUACCUGGUAUCAGCGUGCGACUGGUGGUACUCCUUCCACCGUUCUCUCUCAGCUCGGCGAUACCUCCGUGGAGGUGCUGCGCCGCAAGCGUGACUUCGUUGAUCCCGCGAUCAACAUGAUGAAGCGUGUGCUCAAUUCGCGAGCUCUUAGCUCCAUUACGAAGAGAUCCGACUCUAGCCAGAAGCUCUUGAUUGUGCGCGGUAUCGAUCGUGUUGGAUUCCGCGCUAACAUGGAGGAAACCAACAUCUUCUUAACCGGUCUCAUUUUCUUCGUGGUCUUUGUCUGUGUCGUCAUCAUCAUUGUCGCGUCGUUCAAGGGGGUUUGUGAGUUGCUGGCUAAGAAUGGCCGGAUGAAGAGUGAUAAGUUCCAGGACUUCCGUAACGGCUGGAAAGUUGUCUCUCGCGGAAUUCUGUUCCGCUUGACUUUGAUCGGUUUCCCCCAGAUGUGUGUACUCUGCCUUUGGGAGUUCACCCAGCGGGACUCUGCAGCCGAAGUUGUUUUGGCUGUAGUUAUGCUUCUAUCCUUGCUCAUUGCUUUGGGCUGGGCUGCCCAAAAGGUCAUUCGCCUCGCCAAGCGCUCGACUACUAUGCACAAGAACCCGGCCUAUAUCCUGUACUCCGACCCCGCCGCUCUCAACAAGUGGGGCUUCCUAUAUGUGCAGUACCGGGCCACCGCCUACUACUUUGUUGUUCCCUACCUGGGCUAUAUUCUCGUCAAGUCUAUGUUCAUCGGUCUGAGCCAGCCUGCCCCGGUUGUCCAGACUGUCGCCCUGGUGAUUCUGGAGGCUGGCAUGCUGAUUGCCGUCUGCGUUCUGCGCCCGUGGAUGGACAAGAAGACCAACAUCUAUAACAUCUCCAUUGCCGUUGUCAACUUCCUCAACGCAAUUUUCCUCUUAGUCUUCUCAGACGUCUUCAACCCUCCCGGCAUGAUGAUUGGUGUCAUGGGUGUCAUCUUCUUCGUUUAUAACGCAGCCUUCGCUCUCGUCCUCCUCGUUCUGGUCCUGAUUGCGUCCGUAUAUGCCGUUGUGUCGAAGGAUCCCGAUACCCGUUACCAGCCCAUGCGCGAUGACCGUGGCUCGUUCAUCAAAUCUCAGACUCAGCUCACCACCGAGUUGGAUGCCUUGGGCGCCACCGCCCGCGGCGACGUCAAGUCUGGGCAUUACAACUCGAACCCCUUUGACGAUGACUCUGCCUCUAUCUCGAGCGGCAACGGUGCCAGCUUCGGCCACCACAACAAUCUGAACGUUGUCAACAACGCCCAUGGCCAGCCUCCGCACUCUCCCGUGGACCCAUCAGUGCCACUAUUCCCCAGUAAUGGAUCUCCCCAACGGGGUUCUCCGCCCGGUUACGACCAGUUCGGCCGGUCAGCGUCACCCCGGCCGGGCAACUAUGGCGAUGCGCCAGUCGGCGCGUCAGCCAUGGCACCCACAUUCAGAGCUCAAAACAAUGCCAGCCCAUGGCAACGGGGAGCCGGCUACGACCACUAG